AUGUUCUUUCUUACUAUCCUCUGCAUAUCAAUACUGUUACCGAUAUGCGUUGAUGCUCAACCGAGCUUCCGCGUCAUGACGUUCAACAUUUGGAACUGCGGCGGGAACGUGAACGAUGGGGUGGCGAAGAUCGCAAAGCAUAUUCUGCUGGUUAACCCAGAUAUUGUGGCAAUGCAGGAGGUCGAGUACGAGAAAUGCGCCGAGAAUAUCACCCAAUAUCUGCCCUCCAGCUGGCAUUUCGUGCACCCCGAUCGUGAUUAUCCGGAUGUCAUGAUCCUCACAAAGCAUAAGAUUGUUGAAGUCGUUUCGCACAAAGAUGACGCGUACAUCUACGCGAAAGUCGAGCUCCCCGGCGAGAACCACGUCAACUUCUGGUCGGUGCACGCGGAGGCAAGAGCCUACGGUCCCUACCUCGCCUACAACAAGCUGGUCACCAACCUCUCGCAGAUUCUCAGCGCCGAACAUGCCGGGAAGGAAGGCCGUGCCGAAGAGCUUGGUGGCCUCUUGGCCAGCCCAGAGAUGGCAGCAGCCCUGAAAAUCGUCGAUCAAGUCCCAAUCGUAGUCGCUGGAGACUUCAACGUCCCUAGCCAUCAAGACUGGGGAGAGGACACAAAGUUGAUCCAUGGGGGCUGGGCAGUGCCAUGGCCAACCACCAAAGAGUUGACCGAUCAGGGAUUCGUGGAUAGCUACCGCGCCCUGUUUCCGGAUCCGGUCAAAGAUCCGGCCCGAACCUGGUCCACCUGCAAUAAGAUGAAUAGCGAAUAUCAUUACGCCUUCGAGGAGGCACAAGACCGAAUUGACUUCAUCUUCUAUCAGGGUCGCGUGAAGCCCUCCAGGAGCCAAAUGUAUGGCGGAAGCGCGCCGAUCAAGCCGAUUCCAUUCCAUGCCGAAAACGACUACCCCUCAGACCAUUUUGCUGUUUUUACCGACUUUGCCAUUCUU